GGGCCCCAACCCGGACAUCCGAGCCCGGCCCAGGCCGCACUUUCGCUUUGCACCGCGGGGCCGGGCGCGGGCAGGGCGGGCAGGGCUGCCCCGGGGCUGUGCCCGGGGGUGCGGGCAGCGGGAGCAGCGGGAGCAGCGGGCUCGGUGCUCUCUCGCCCGAGGAAGGAGAGCAGGGUGUCCGGCACAGCCCGGCCGGCAUGCGGACGGGCCUGCUCGGGGCGCUGGGCUGGAGCGCGGCGGCCGUGCUGGGAGUGCUGGGGGUGGCCGCCUUCCUCCUGGUCCUGACCCCGGCCAAGGAUGCUGCCCUUCCGACAAGGAACAAAUACGGGCUGGUGUUCGAUGCUGGCUCCACACACACGGCUCUUUACAUCUACCGAUGGCCUGUGGACAAGGAGAAUGGCACCGGCAUCGUCUCCCAGGUUGAAGCCUGCACCGUGUCCGGACCCGGCAUCUCCAGCUACGCAGACGACCCGGCUGGGGCUGGAGCCAGCCUGAAGCCCUGCCUGGACAAGGCCAUGAAGAUCGUCCCGAUAGAGCAGCAGCGGGACACCCCCACCUACCUGGGGGCCACAGCGGGGAUGCGGCUGCUGAGGGAGCAGAACAGCACCAAGGCCGAUCAGGUCUUCGCUGAGAUCACCAAAGCCAUUGGCGAGUACCCCGUGGACUUCCGCGGAGCUCGGAUCCUGACGGGGAACGAGGAGGGUUCCUUUGGCUGGAUCACUGUCAACUACCUCCUGGAGACCCUUGUCAAGUUCUCCUUCACAGGCCAGUGGACCCACCCACCGGCAGAAGAUUUAGUGGGCGCUCUGGACCUUGGUGGGGCUUCAACCCAGAUCACAUUCCUUCCUGGGACCACCACAGAAGACAGCAGCACAAGAGCCCUCCUUCGGCUGUACGGGACCAACUACUCCAUUUACACCCACAGCUACCUCUGCUAUGGGCAAAAGCAAGCCCUGAAGAUGCUGGUGGCAUCCUUACACCAGGGCAACCUGUCUUCCCAGCACAUAUCACACCCCUGCUACCCCAGCGAAUACCAGGAGAACGUCACCACAGCAGAACUCUACAACAGUCCCUGUGUCCAUGCACCAAACACAUCCAGCCCUGCGCAGGUCCUCACGGUGACGGGGACAGGGGACCCAGUGGCGUGCAGCAUCGCUGUCCAGAAACUCUUCAACAUCAGCUGUGGGGCCAACAGGACAUGCGGGUUCAACGGGGUUUAUCAGCCACCUGUGCGGGGACAGUUCUUUGCCUUUUCAGGGCUUUAUUACAACCUUCACUUUCUGAACCUGACUGGAGUGCAGUCCCUGAGCACAGUCAAUGCCUCUAUCUGGCAAUUCUGCAACAGCAGCUGGGAGAAGGUGCGGAAGGAGUUCCCCACCAUGAACAGGACCCACCUUCGCGAUACCUGUGCAGCCAGCACCUACACCCUCAGCCUUCUCCUGCAAGGCUACAAAUUCAAUGACACAACAUGGCCUAACAUCCACUUUGUCCAGCAGGUCGCUAAUGUAGACGUGGGCUGGACUCUGGGCUACAUGCUCAAUCUCACCAACAUGAUUCCCUCAGAGACUCCCCAGAGAGUCAUAGGGCUCCAGAGAAGCAACUGGAUUGCAGCCACAGUUUUACUGGCCGUCAUGCUCAUCCUCAUCUUCUGCCUGCUCACAGUCACAUGCUGCCAGAAAAACCUCUCCGGUUAUGAGAGGGUUUAGCAGCACUGGCUGCAGAGGCUGCUGGAGCCACUUAGCCCUGCUGCUGCUCUGGUGUGAGGAGCUGCAGGAGGAAUUGUCCUCACCUGUCCAGGAGCUGGGACUUGCAAUGUGGGGCACCUGUGUGGGGCAGCCUGCUGAGCUGGAACCGUCACAGGCUUUAAAAAAUCCUCCCUGUA